CAUUAAAACAGAAGCGUUAGGAAGAGCCAAACAGCAAAGUGAGGAUGGAAGAGAAGGGAAAAGAGAAUGGAGUAGCAGCCAUGGCAGCCUGCUACCAGGGAUUUGAUCCUGCAGCGUAUCUUCAGUAUAACUACACUCCACCACGGGCUGAUUUUGAAAGGAAAGACAGCAUUGUGCCGUGGAAACUGGCGUGCCUCCAUAGAGCUUUCACUGAAGGAGAUGUGGGCGGCGAGCUGCUGGUGGACAUAGGUUCGGGUCCUACCCUGUACCAGGUGCUGAGCGGCUGUGAGGUUUUCAACCAGGUGCUCCUCACAGACUUUCUGGAGGUCAACAGACAGGAGCUGAGGCGCUGGCUCCGGGAUGAAGAAGAGUGCAACCUAGAUUGGACACCGUACCUGCAGCAUGUGUGCAAGCUGGAGGGACGACGGCCUUCAGCAUGGACGGAGAAAGCUGCUAAGCUACGUCAGGUCAUCACAGAUAUCCUCCCAAUUGACGUGCACCGUCCUCAGCCUCUGGCCCCUGACGCCCUCCCAUCAGCGGGGGCCGACUGUCUUGUGUCCUGCUUCUGCCUGGAGAGCGUCAGCCCUGACCUGGCCGCUUUCACCAGGGCCCUGGGCCACAUCGGGAGGCUCCUGAGGACAGGUGGUCACCUCCUGCUCAUCGGAGCCCUGGGGGAGAGUUACUAUUUUGGAGGGCCUGGUGUGAAGAUCCCUGUGGUCCCACUGAAUGAGGCCCAGGUCUGUGCUAGCUUGAAGGAGAGCGGCUUCACACUGAUCCGGCUGGAGGUUUACACUCUGAACCAGGACAUGAGGGUUGGGGUGGAUGAUGUGACUGGGGUGUUUUUUGCAAAGGCAAGAAAGGACUAAAAGAUAAAGUGGCAGCAGAGCCAGAAUAUAGGAUAGACAGAAGGAAUUACAGGUGAAGAAGUAAAAGUAUAUAUUAACAUAGUGUAGAUUACACUGAGGUAAAUGCAUGGUUUAGCAAAGUUUAGCACAGAAAACUAAAUAAAAAUGGGAUUACUGGUGAUGUUAAUGAUAAUACACACACAUAUUUGUAGUUUUUUGUUUCCUUGUUGGGCGAGAAGUUGCCUUCGAUGAAAUCCUUAUUCAUUUUACAAAUAUUCAAACUGAUGCUCAAGAGAAAAAAAUGCUACAACAAAACAUGUGAGUGAAACAUUUCACGUUAUUCAAUUCUAUUUUAUUGGUCCAGUAAAUGCCUUUUCUGAGGGUACAUACCAAAGCAGCUAUAUGUGGUAGAAAAGUAAUUACACAUUGCCUCCUGCAGUUAAAACACAGCAACUACAGCAUCAAGAAUGUAAUGUUUUUCUUUUCAGCACAUAUAACAUCAUAACAUAGCAGUUUUCAAGCUAUUUAUAAACAGUAUAUUUUGAUACACUUCUUUUUGAUGUUAUUCAGUUAAGAGAUUUAUGGGUUGCCUGUUGUGUUUUGUAAUAUGUGACAGUGUGAAUAAAGAAGCAAUGUUAAAGCAAUGCUUUUUCUAUGAAGUUUUCACAUUACACAUUGAGUUGAUACAAAGUUAUUUUUGAUAUUGACAUAGGUGGAAGCAGAGACUGGUGAAAGUAUAUUAAAUUUGACAAUGAGGCUAAAUGUAAAAAGUGAUUUAAAGAAAUGAAUCAUAAUCAUUUAUGAAUGCAGUUCCAUGGAUUCAUUUUAAUAUUUGCUAUGGGAUCAAUGUUCUUUAAAAGAUUGGAUAUGAAUCAGAGAAUAUGACUGUGUAAUUAGAAGUACUGAACACCAGGUGUCAGUGCAUGGCCAUCUUGAGUUGCUCUGUAAAAAACCUCGGUAGGGUCACUUUGGAUAAAGAGAAAUCUAUUUUUUCUGACUUGACUAAUCUUGAAAUAUAUUAAAUGUAUCCACUUAAAAUAGUCUGUGUAUAUCCAGUUAACAAAUCCCCAUUUAAUAACGCUUAAUGUCUGCUGCCCCUUGCUGCACACUUAGUGCACAUCCCUAAUUACACUCCAUGUGGUAACUGAAAUGCCAGUUAGCUUAAUUCUCCAGUCAUGCAAUCACACUAACACCAGCAGCCUGUUAUAUUGUUUUAUUAGCAACCAACACAAAACAUUAUUUAUAUACAGGGUCAUGAAUGAACCUUCAUGUUCAUCAUAAAUACAUUGUUUUUGAAAAUAUAGGUCUUCUCUCAGCUCCCACCCACAGUACCAUCUUUACCAUCCCACAGAGAUCAUGCUUGCUAAUCGCCAUGUUACAAAAAGCCUGUUCAUAAUAUGAAACCCAAAAAACUGUGGCUGCAUUAUCAUGAUUAGUUGGAUUAGGCUGAUAUGAUUUAAUCUGGUCUGCUGUGGCUAUGGCUGUGACUGUGCAUAGAUCAUCUGUAAUCCACCCUCCUUUUUCCUUGACCUUGAGCGUAAAUAUCUACAAGGUCGAGGAAAUCAAACUGAAAAAGUUGAAAUUUCCCUUUAGAAGUAGCCCUGUAUGACCCAGAUAAAUUUUUAUUGUACCCUUUUACGCUGUAUUAUAUUGUGUAUCAUAUUGUAGUAUAUGAUUCAAUAUAGUGUAUCGUAUCUAUACACUAUGCUAACCCCAGGACCUUACUCACAAUUUCUGCCCACACAAUAUGAGACAUACCAUAAAAUAACACCACUGAUUCCCUGCUGUAACAACACUACACUGCCAUUACACAACAGAUAAAACAGAUUAUAUAAUUGUAUAUUUGUACAGUAUACAUAUGGUAUUUUCAAGUGUAUAUUAAUCAUAUUUCCUUGCAUCAAAUAGAGCCCCUGUCCUGAGCCAUAUGCAUCCUCUGCUAUUUCUGAUUGAGGUGUGUGUUCUAGCACCAAUGUGACUGAAAUGCCCUGUACAAUAUAUGCACUUGGCAAAUAAAUGUAAUUCUGAAUCUGAUUCUUGUGGAAAACUUGCCCAUGGAGCAAGUGACAGAAGACAUGUUGAUAUCUUGAAGCCUGUUGAAUCUCAAAAAAACCCACACUUAAUUGCAAGAGAAAAUACUGUAGUUCUCAGCAGUUGUCAUAUUUCUUGUGCAGUGUCCUUGGCUGAUUUAAUUUAGGGAAUUUAGCCCUGACUUCCUUGGCUGACUGAGACGUGACUUCCUUCACAAAGUCUCAGGUUAAACUUUCCCUCAUACCUGCUCAUUAACAUUCUGACCUUUCUCAAUGCCCAUCUGUUUCCCCCCCUCUCUGUCUCUCUCUCUUUCUUUUCCACAUUCAACUUUUUCACUGCAUGCAUGAACACGCUCACAGACCCAUAUAACACACACUCAUACAUACAUACGCCCAUGCAUGCACACCCAUGGCCCACACAUGUGCUAUGCAAGUCGAUUCCUCACUAACACUCUGUCUCCAUCAGAGCAGUCUUCUAUUGUCAUUCUCCUUUUCCCUCCUCUCUUUCUUUGGCCUCUUCUUCAUCUCCGUGGUGAUGGCUGAGAUCA